CGCCGGGCCGCCCCCAGCGGGCGUCAGAGGGGCGGGCGCCCCGCCUGGUGACGGCGGCGCCAGCUGCCGAGUGAGCUCUCCACUCCCAGCCGGAGAGGUUGGCGACCUCUUGGCUGCCCGCCGCCGAGGCUCAGAUGGCUCAGGCGAAAAUCAACGCGAAAGCCAACGAGGGGCGCUUCUGCCGCUCGUCCUCCAUGGCGGACCGCUCCAGCCGCCUGCUGGAGAGCCUGGACCAGCUGGAGCUCAGGGUUGAAGCUCUGAGAGAUGCAGCCACUGCUGUUGAGCAAGAGAAAGAAAUUCUCCUGGAAAUGAUCCACAGUAUCCAAAACAGCCAGGAUAUGAGGCAGAUCAGUGAUGGAGAAAGAGAAGAAUUACAUCUGACUGCAAACCGAUUGAUGGGGCGAACCCUUACUGUUGAAGUUUCAGUAGAAACAAUUAGAAACCCUCAGCAGCAAGAAUCCCUAAAGCAUGCCACUAGGAUUAUAGAUGAAGUGGUCAAUAAGUUUCUGGAUGAUUUGGAAAAUGCCAAGAGUCAUUUGAUGUCUCUGUACAGUGCAUGUUCAUCUGAGGUGCCUCCUGGGCCAGUUGAUCAGAAGUUUCAAUCCAUAGUAAUUGGCUGUGCUCUUGAAGACCAGAAGAAAAUUAAGAGAAGAUUAGAGACUUUGCUUAGAAAUAUUGAAAGCUCUGACAAGGCCAUCAAGCUGUUAGAGCAUUCUAAAGGAGCUGGUUCCAAAAAUCUGCAACAGAAUGCUGAGAACAAAUUUAAUUAGUUUUCAGAUUGAGAAGCACUUAGAAUAAUGACCUAAAUAUGCUAAAAUAUAAUUUCCAGUGACAACUCAUUCUUUGUUAGGCAUAACCACUCAUUUGAUGCUGAAAGUUGUUUUACAUGUGGAAAAUAUGUCAUCAGUUUUGUGAAUAACACAAUUAAAAUUAGAAAUAUUUUAUCUGAAUUGUCUUAUACUAGGACCUAGCGCGCGCGCACACACACACACACACAUAUAUUACUAUUUUAUAAGUGAAUACUUAAUAUUUGGCAGAGAAAUAGGUAUGUAGUGAGGGACAGAAAAAUAGCUGUUCUUUUUCUGGACUUUGGUGUGAAGAUACCUGGGGACAUUUGGUUGACAACAAAUUAUUUAAGCAGCACACACUCUACACAUACUGUUAACUACAUACUAGUGCACUCAAGAAAAAUUCACAAAAUCAGAAUCUUUCCCUACAUCCUCUUUCAUUUAACAAUUUUUUUAGGCAUCUGUAUCUAAUUAUUUUCAACUUAGAUAUUUAUAUAUCUCAGACUAUGAAUGUAUUUGCAUGCAUGAAAAUGUGUCAUAAAAUGUGAAAAAAUUAACCUGAUCUUAAUACUCUGAACAGUUUAACACACAUCAUUUUGUUCCAUUUUCUAAAAUGUUAAGCAUUAUAUAAAGUGUUGUAACUUGCCUUUUAAAAAUGCUGCUGUAAAGUCCACUAAGAGUUGAUUUAAAUUCUAAUCUAUGUAGUUAUAUCAUAAAUUACUUCUUCAUUCCCCCUUACUAUAAACAUUAAGGUUGA